AUGCAAGCGGAAAAACGACAACCGUAUUUAGGAAGUAAACAAGCAUUAAGAGAUUAUACAACAACAUAUUUCGAUAGGGUUUAUAAUUAUUUAAGAAUCUUACCGAAUGAACCAAUGCCAUCAUCAUUUCCUUUAUUACCAUCAGAAUGUUGCUUUAGAUGUAAAACACCGUAUAUAAUAAAUUCGAUAUUAUGGUGUAGGGAAUGUGAAAUAAGGUUAUUUAUUGAAAAUUUUGGUAAUUGGACGAGUGGAAUAGUAGGAUUAGAUGAAUUCAUCAAAAGGACUCAGUUGACAACGUCAUGUGAGGGAGGUUGGAUGAAUGAAAUGGAAAAACAUCAUGAUGAAUUUAUUUGGAAAUUGGUUUAUGAAGAGGCUCCUAGUUACGUUAGAGAGUUUGGUGUACAAAAGAUACAAGACAAUACACAAAAUUUGUCUAGUAUCAAAAAAAAAUCGGAUGGGUGGACUAAAGUUGUUAAAAAAUUUGGGUUAAGGCAUAAGAAACGGUUAUCACCAUCUCAACCUACCGAAUUGAAAUUAUGGUGUGAUCGUGUUCUUGCAAGAAUUGAAAUUGAGAUUACAAAAGGGAACUUUUCAUGUGAUAAGAACACAACAGGGUCCCAAUAUGUAGCUCUUAAACAAUUAAAAAAUUCAAAGAAUUUUGGAAUUGAAUUUGUUCAUCAGGAUAUACAUGAUCAAGGAUUUGCGCAUCUUGGUAUUCAUGACGGGAAUAUUUUAUUAAACCUUUCAAAAUCUUUUUUAGAAGAAGAAAGUGAAUGUUCACUAAACCAUGAUAUAUUGAUUUCGGAUUUUGGAAUGUACACACCAGAAAAUGAAUUUUCAAAUUCAUCUUCACAUCAAAAAAAUUAUGGUUUGAUACCUUAUACGGCCCCCGAAAUAUUAUUUAAUAGCAACAAUGACGAAUUAUAUACGGCAGCUUCAGAUAUUUAUUCUUUCGCAAUGAUAAUGUGGGAAUUGACGUCAGGUCAACCACCUUUUGUUCAUCUUGCUCAUGAUGAGGAUUUAAUAGGAAAGAUUAUUGAUGGAGAAGAUGAAUCACAUUCAAUUUUAUUUGAUCCUAACGGACCUUACACAAAUUCGCCAAGAUAUAAGAGAGCUUUAGCACCAAAAGUAACUGACUUGAAUGAUUUAACAAAAUUAGAGAAGAAUGUUUUUAUCAAUCCUUAUGCUUCAAUGAUUGGAGGACCCAUUCGACAAUGCAUUUAUCAUCAAAGAUGGUUUCCCAAAGAUUUCUUGGUAAGGUUUAUAAGAGCUUACGAUGAUGAAACGUCUUCAGUAUGGAUCGUACCAGAUUUUAUGGAAGAAGGCGGUACAAAAAGACCUGGUAAAGGUAAUUGGAUAAGAUGCAAUGCAAAGACAUUACUAAACGUUUUAAAAGAAGGUAAAUAUAAAAUGAUCGAUAAUCAAGCAUAUUGGAGAAAAGAUAUGCAAGAACACAUUUGGAAAAUACUAGUAGAAGAUUCUAUAUUAAGGUUUGAUAGAAUUAUUGAUAGGUUGGGAACACAUAGGUUUCCUAUGAAGAAAGAAAGUGCUUUUCAUCCAGUGAUCAAAGCAGAAAAUUCAAAUCGUUUUGAGAGUUAUACUAAGCCCAUUUUGGGACUUAAUUGUAAAAAAAAAUCAAAGAAAAAAUCUGAUGAUUCUUAUAUACCUUUAAAGAUUUUACCGAAUCAUAUUGGAUCAAUUGAGAAAGUAUCUUAUAUCUCACAUAAAGAUGAUAUUUCUGAUAAAUUUGAUGAUGUGAACUUUGUAACUCGGAACAUUCCUUUCUACUAUGUUAAAACUAUUUGGGGUGAUGAAGGAAUUGAGAAAAUCAAAAAUUAUUUAAAUUUAAGUCAACGACAUUCUAUGAUCGGUGUAGUAAGUGCAUCACAAACCAAGCAGCUUGCUAUAUCUUUAUGGAAAUUGAGAAAUUAUUGGCAAUAA